UUUUUUUUUUUCCCGCGCUUUGCUUUGUAAUGGCCGUCACACGUGGCACAGCGUCCAGUGCGGCGACACCCGCUUCGGCCGGCGCUCCGUCCGCGACAUCUCCUGCAUCGCCUGCAUCUGCUUCCACUGCGGCGGCGGCGGCGGCGGCGUCCCAGGCGUCGGCUGCCUCUGCCUCGUCGCAGAAUGUUGCGAUCCCCGUCUUUGGCCGCACGAUCGAACUCCCGCUCACACACGACCAGCUGCUCAUCGUCGGCGGCGUUGCUGCGGCCGCAGUCGUUGCUGUCGGUGCUGCCUGGAUCUUGUCGCGCGGCGGCCGCUCGCAGCCCAAGCCCGACCAAGGCGGCGCCACGGACAAGGACGGCGAAAGCGCCAAGACUGACAAAGCCACCACUGCUGCUCCGACCACUGCCUCUACUACUACUACUACUACUGGUGCUACUACUACUGCUGCUGCCACUGCUACUGCUGCUACUGCUGCUGGUGCUGCCGGCAAGGGCAAGGGCAAAAAGUCUGCCGCUGCCUCCACCUCUGCUUCGACCCCGGCUGCCUCUGCUACUACUUCGACGACUGGCAAGGGCAAGAACGCUGCUGCUGCUACCACCAACACCACCACCACUUCCACUGCACCUGCUACUCCAGUGAGCAAGGGCGGCAAAAAGACGGCCGCUGCCUCGGCUGCGUCGCCAAACACGCCCGCUGUCAACAAGAAAGCCAGCGCCGCCGCUCCUGCCAAGGAAAUCGACGAUGGAACCCCGCUCGCUGCUGCCAACAAGCUCAAGAACGAGGGCAACAAGCUCUUCAACGCAUCCAACUACACGGAAGCGAUCGCCAAGUACACCCAAGCCAUCGAGCUUUGCCCCGCCACCGAGAAGGAGCGCGCAAAGUUCUACUGCAACCGCGCCGCCUGCCACGCCAAGCAAUCUGCCCAUGCUCUUGUCAUUGAAGACUGCAACGCUGCUCUCGCCAUCGACCCUGCCUACGGCAAGGCACUUCAGCGCCGUGGUCUUGCGCACGAGUCACUCGGCCAACUGACGGAAGCUAUUGACGAUCUGAGUGUCGCGGUGCACUUGAUGGAGGAGGAAGCCAGCUUGCAAACGGCUCUUUCGCGCAUUUUGGAAUCGAUUGGCUCGAGCAAGGCCAAGGAAUCGGCUGCUGCCAAGCAUGGCAACUUCCCCCCGGCCCGCAUCAUCAAAAUGUACCUGGGCACUUUCCAACAGCCCGACCGCGAGGACAAGUAUGCAAAGGAGUUGGAGGGCAAGGACGAGGCGUCGCUCACGGCCGAGAUUGAGGCUGCCGAGUCGGGCGCUGCCAAGAGCAAGAUCUAUACACUUCGCGGCGAGCUUCGUCUUCGCGCUGCGCAGUACCCUGGCGCUCUGGCCGACUUUACCAGCGCUGUGACCGAGGACGGCACCAACGUCUGGGCCCUGAUUCAGCAAGGCACGCUCCUCCACCUUUCGAACGAUCUCAAGGGCGCCAUUGUUGUUCUCGACAAGGCCCUCUCCUUGAGUGCCAACAACGUGGACGCACUCGUCCGCAAGGGGAAUGUGCAAUUCCUGCUGGGAGAGCACCAGGCCGCCAUCAAGACGCUCGGGGAGGCCAUUCUUGCCGACACCACGCGCACGGUCGCCCUGUAUCACUGCGCACAGGCUCACCAGCACACUGGCAACAUUGAGUCUGCCAUGGAGUGCUACGAGGCGCUGCUCAAGCUCAACCCGAAGGACUAUGACGCUUGGAACCAGCGCGGCCUCUCGCUCUACCAAUUCAGCCUGCUUCUUGCUCAAACGGGCCAGCAGCAAGCCGAGGCAAUCAUGGCACAGUGCCUGAACGGUGCCAUCGAGAGCUUCCACAGCGCCAUCGCCAUCGACCAGACCAAGCCCGAGGCCCACAACAGCUUGGGCUAUGUUCUGCAGGGCAUCAACCAGGUGGAGCCGGCGCUUCAGGAGUUUGAUGCCGCCAUCUCGCUCGACCCUACCUCGCCCAUUGGCUACACAAACAAGGGUCUCUUGAUCAUGCAGUCGUCUGGAGACGCCGUGAAGGCUAAGGCGCUUCACCUGAAGGCAAUCGAGGUUGAUCCCUCGUGCAUCGAGGCUCGCUGCAACCUUGCCAUGCUCCUCUUCCAACUGCAAGACAUUGACGAAGCAAUCCGACACUACGACGAGGCCAUUGAGCUGACCUUUGUCGAGCAAGACUUGGCCACCAUUUUCGCCUUCAGGGAAGCCGCUCUCUCCCGCAAGCGCAACAUUGCCAGGGGCAUUGCUCCUGCUGUCGCCGAGGCACCUGCCACUUCUGACAAGAAGUAAAGCGGGAGUCUUUGCAAGAGUAAUGUUUUUGAAGGAAGUGUUUGUUUGUUUGUUGCUGUUGUUGUUGUUGUUGUUGUUGUUGUUGUUGUUGUUGUUGUUGUUGUUGUUGUUGUUGU